AUGACCUUCCCCGUCCCAAUAUUCCAGCCUUACCUCUCUGUUGGAGCUUGGCUCAAGGCAGGCUCCGAACCCCAGCCUUCACAAUUUAUACGAACUCACAGUCCUGGAUCAACAAAGUCGUCGCCACUGGUCUACUGCGCUCCGUACUACGUAGUCGCUCGCGUAGACCUCCGCCACUUCUUCUUCCGAGCUGCCCAGCCUCGACGGGAACGCUCCCCGGUCACCCUAACGAACACGGACGGAUGGUAUGGCGUCCUUUUGCAGCGAACGAUUGACGGAUGA